AGGAGAACGAGCUCUACAGGAGAAGACAAAGAACCUCGAGUCCAGCUCGCCUGCUUGCACUGCCGGAACAAGCGAAUACGGUGCAGCGGAGAGAAGCCAGUCUGCACGGGAUGUCUCAAGGCGGCAGUCAUAUGCGAGUGGCCCUCUGGACGGCGGAAGAAACGGACGCGCAAAGAGAUGGAGGAGGCCAAGCUGCUGGAAGCUGCAGCUGGGGGCAGUACCGACGCAGGAGCAUCGACCUCGACGGGCAAGGCGAAUGGGGUAAGUACAUUGCCUGAUCCCGGCGAAGAUCUGCCGCUGACCUUGCAGAACGAACCCUUCUCCGCCGACCUCUCUGCUGCGGCUUUUGACCCAUCGGAAUUCUGGUCCUUCCCCACUCCCUCCUCCACGACCAACACUGCAUUGCCGACUGGACCUAUCUCAUCGUCCAUGCCCUUCCCAACCGGUCCGACACCAAAUUACGUCUGGCCAACAGGCUUCUCCCCCGAUAUCACCCUACCCCAAUUCCCCUCUGGGCUGUCAAACGACUCGAAUCCCGCGGAACCGAUCAUGGCGCAGUUCAUGUCGAACAAACACAGUCCUGCCACAGAUAUGCGCUUGAUUAAUGCGCUGGAGAACCAAGCGGCGUUUAUUGAGGGGAAUCCAGCAGAAGACAAGGAUUUGGAGCUCUUCUAUUACCGUUUCCUACAACGCCGAAGCACGACCGGCGAAUCUCCUCUCACCGCCGCCCCUCAGCCAGAGCGGGACGACCACAAACCACCCAUCCUAGACACCUACCUCCCCCGCAACCCCGCUGAGCUCUUUGACCUGAACGGCAUGCCCCUCCUCUCGGUCUGGCAGCCCCUCUUCGACCUCUUCCUCGCCAACAUGUCGCAGCACUUCCCCUCGGUCUCCCGCCAGCGCAUGACGGAGCGGUACGAAUCAGGCACUAUGUCCAAUUUCCUUGCCAAUUGCAUCUGCGCAUGCGGGGCGCGCUUCUCGAGCGAUGCCAAAGACCGCCAAGCCGAGGCGUCCGCACCCUUCAUUGCCAAAGCGCAGGAGCUCAUCAUCCCCCUCGUCCACCUCCCUACUACCGAAACCACCACGGGUCUCAUCUUUCUCGCUUGGGCCAAUUUCGGCCAGAAUUCCGAGAGCGGCCUCUGGGAGUUUUCGGGGAUGGCCAUUCGUAUGGCGAUCGACAUCGGAAUCCACGAGAACUCGGAUCUGUACGAGUCGCCCGCCCAUAUCGUUCGGACUCGCCUACUCUUCUGGACAUUGUUCAUCACGGACCGGAUCGUCGCUUUUGCGACCGGCAGACCCGCGUCUAUAUCGGAGGAUAUCGUCGAGGUGCCCUUACCUGAAGACAAGGACUUCUUUCCGGACCCUUCCAGGAACACGCCCGGCUUCCCACCAGAAACGAUCGAGCCGGUCCCCUUUGUCUACUUUGUCCGGCUCAUGAUCAUCUGCGGGAGGAUAUCGAAUGUCUUGAAUGGACGCAGAGGGCGGGCGCGGACGCUAGUCUCGACAGCUGAGCCAUUAGCGGAGCAGCUGGUGGAAUUGCAGAUGCGCCUGGUGCAGUUUGUGGCGGGGCUGCCAGAGAGCUUGAAGUGGUCAGCGGAUAAUUUCAGGCAUCAGCACACGAGGGGUCACGGAGGCUGCUUUCUCGCCAUACAUCUCUGGUCACAUGCGGUCCUCGCUCUCAUCUACCACCCCGAACUCCUCAAAUCCCCUUCGGGUGUCGAGACGCCACUCAACAAGGGCAUGUCGAGGAAUAUCAAGCUCAGUCUCGCGAGCAGUCGGCAGAUAUGCGAGUGUAUGGUGUUUGCGGACUUGGUCGCGCCGAGCAGCUAUACCAGUACCCCGUUCCUGGUUCAGCCUCUCUUUGUCGCUGCCAUGGCGAUUAUACACGAGAUGAGAGCUGUAUCUGUCGCUGAGUCAUCGGGGAACGCCUCGGACAUGUUCUUGCUGUCGAUGGCGAGGCAGAAUCUGACGGCGCUGUUGAAUGCUAUCUCCAGAAUGGAACAGUACUGGGCGGGAGCAGGCUAUGUGGCAACCAUCUUGGAGAAGCGCUCCGGUAUCAAAGCCACAUCCCACUCGGGCCGUAAAACACUCAUCUCCCUCCCCGACCUCGGACUCCUCAAGCGCUUCUCGACAGAUAAGGACGACCCACGCAAUCUCGCUCCCGCCACUGAGACUUCCCUGCAAGAAAGCAUCGCCAAGUCAGAACGGGACAACGCUAGUCCGUACUGGCUCGCGGAUCUCAUGGCGGGGUAUACAGUAGAGAAUAUGAGCUUUGCGCCAGCUGAUAGCCUUGAUCUGGAGAGGCUGUUGUCAGGGUCACUGGGGGGUGCGGCGGGAGGAUUUGGGGGACCUGGAGGGGGAGGCGCGGGAAGUAUCUAA